AUGGACACCAACAUCGACAUUGGCACCGACCAGAUCAAGGAGUGGAGGUCUAUCGUCACCCUCAUUAUCUUCUUCUUCGCCAAGAAAAAAGCACUCGCCAUGGGCAUCGAGAAGAAGCCACGAAACCUCUUCCUCAUCGCUAUCCUCGCUAUCGGUAAGAAGGAAGUCAAGGAUGGCACUCUCGGCGACAACGGCAUCUUUCCCCUCGACAUCAUGGUCUUCUUCAUCACUCUUGCCUACAUCGCCAUAUCAAUCGACGCCUCAGGUCUGAUUCGAUACCUGGCUCUGAAAGUUCUGCAGUGGGGAGGAAAAGUCGGCCACAGGCUAUUCUUCUACCUGUACGCCUUCUUCUUUGGACUUGGCAGCUUCAUCGGCAACGAUCCUAUUAUUCUUUCUGGCACGGCCUUCCUGGCCUACAUGACACGGGUGUCCAACAAUAUCAAGCACCCGAGAGCCUGGAUCUUCACACAGUUCGCCAUAGCCAACAUCGCCUCGGCGAUUCUGGUCUCGUCAAACCCCACCAACCUCGUGCUUGCUGGUGCUUUCAACAUCAAAUUUAUCGACUAUACCGCCAACAUGGUUGUUCCCGUCGUCAUCACGGCCCUGGUCUUGUUUCCGUUCUUGCUGUACAUCGUUUUCGCGAACGAGGGCCUCAUCCCCGUCUCUAUCGAAAUGCGCGAGCUUCCAACAGAGGCCAAGUCGAAACCCGUCAAUCCCAAUAUUCCUAACGCGAGAGGAACGGCGGCUGAGGAUGAGGAAGACAACAACACAAACGGGAACGAGGGUAAGCUUCUAUCUCUUGUCGAGAUCAUGAACCCCUUUCUCGACAAAAAAGGCGCGGCGUUCGGCGCCUUCAUCAUGGCAGUGACCCUCAUAACGGUCCUGGCAAUCAACGCUGCCAGUGUCAAGACCAAGAACGAUGAGCACUUUCAAGUCUUCUGGGUAACCCUGCCGGCCGCAUUUGUCAUGCUGUGCUGGGACCUUGCAUUUGGAUGGAUCAACCGGGAGGAGACACGAGAAAUUGCUCGCAAAGGUCGACAGGAGCUCGAACGUGCUCGGGUUGAGAGAGCUUUGAGAGAGGAGGCGAGAACCGGAAGGACUAUUACUCGAGGAGGACGAAGAUCCACUGAAUGUGGCACAGAGAUGUUCUCCACCGCACAGAGGCGGUCAAGUGAGGCAUGGCCAGAAAUCCAUGUCCAAGAUGCCGAUGCCCAUGGCGACGCCGACGCCGACGCCAAGGACGGGCUCAAGAGCCCGGACGACGAAAGUCCGCCUCUAAGUCCCGGUAGGGGCCUCACGCCUUUGCUCACCCUGACGCCCGCUGGUCCUGUGGAAGAAGGAAGCAUAUCUCCGACGCCCGCAUCGAGCCCUCGCCUGGACCCUUCAAUGUCCACAGCCGUAGGAAAUCCAGAUAACAGUCGCCCACCGAGCAGUGAAUCAACUGCUAUCGAGAAACCAAACGGGCUUCGAAAUCGAAACGAUCCAGAUGAACCACCGCAGGGCAUCUUGAUCUCGGGGAUCAACACCCCCGUGAAUGAGAAACAGUCGACAGAUUUUGAAGAAAGACCUCGACCCGAUGUGAACCAAGCCAUUCCCCGGAAGCAGCACAAGGCGACUCUCGUGUCUCUGUGCAAAGAUGGCUACCGAUGGUCGCAGGAGACAUUCCCCACCGUCAUGGCCGUGGUAUCGCAUCUACCCUUCGCUCUGGUGCCGUUUGCGUUUGCCAUGUUCGUGUUGGUUCAAGCAUUGGUUACCAAGGGCUGGGUUCCGGUCUUCGCAUACGGAUGGGAUCACUGGGUGGAAAAGACGGGAACCAUCGGUGCCAUCGGCGGCAUGGGGUUCCUCUCGGUGAUCCUCUGCAAUUUUGCAGGAACUAACAUCGGCACAACAAUCCUCCUGUCGCGCGUCAUCCAGGCGUGGCAGGAGAUACACAGACAACCCGGCAGCGAUCCCAUCAGCGAUCGGACAUUUUGGGCGACCGUUUACAGCAUGGCGCUCGGCGUUAACUACGGCGCAUUCAGUACUGCAUUUAGUGCAUCGUUGGCAGGCUUGUUGUGGCGUGACAUCCUCGAGAGGAAGCACAUUCACGUCCGCAGGAUGGAGUUCGCGCGCGUCAAUGUCCCCAUCAUCGCCAUCGCAAUGACCGUCGGCUGCACGGUCCUCGUUGGAGAGAUUUACAUCAUCAGGAACGAAGGCCCUUACCAUUUGUGA